CUAGAAUGAUUUUAUUUUUCAUGAGAGAGGGUCAGGUCUAAAAAAAUUCUAAUUUUCAAUUGGAAUAGUAACAAAGGAACAUUCCCAGCUGGGCUCUGGGUCCUUGAGAAUGAAGCUGGGGGAGUGAUUCCCUGCUAACCCAACCCUGUGGGGAGCCCCUUGUAGCCCACCUUCUCUUCUCCCUCGGGCUUCCCCAGCAUGAGCUUGGCCCAUCUCCUGCUGCUGCUUUGGAGCUGGGGAAGCCUCCGGGCUUUCGAUCUGGUAGAAAAGGAGAACAUUUUUCAGAAGGUCCCGUGUCCCGCCUUCUUGAUGUUUGACAACGCGGCUUACCUGGCAGACAUGACCUUUGAGCUGCCCUGCCGCUGCAAGCCCGAGGAGGUGACCGCGGUGGUCUGGUACUACCAGGAGCACAUAGGGAGCCUGCACACCAGAGUCCUGACGGACUUCGACGGGCGCGUGAUGGUGGACUCGGGACAGGUGCGGGUGGGCAGCAGCAUGCUGGCGCGCUUCAGCAUCCGCAUGUUCAGCCUGCUGGUGUUCCGGGCCCAGCCCGAGGACUCGGGGCUCUACCUCUGCGGGACGCGCCACGGCGACUAUUUCUACGCCUACGACGUGGACAUACAGAGCAGUCAGGAGAUGGUGGCGGCGUUCACUGACAAGGGCCAGGAGCCUCGGGAGGACGAGGAGCUCGGGGACCUGCACAUCUUCACCACCUUCUGGGAGUGGACGCGCUGCGACCGCUGCGGGGUUCGGGGGGAACAAUGGCGGAUCGGGCUCUGCUACCUGGAGAAGCCGGGCCUCUCCUCCCGGUUCCUGAAGAACGUGCCCGACGUGGUGUCUUGUGGCUCCCAGGCGGUGCCAGGAAACCUGCGCACCGCGGCGGGCCGCCGCCGUCCGCCCGAGCUGAUGGUGCGGAGCUGCAUGGUGCCCUGCAGGAAGGAGGCGCAGAGCGGGCUGAUGGCCAUCUUCACCUUCAUCUCCAAGCUGGGCAGCAAGCCCUGGGUUCCCAAAGUGCCCAUUCAGUUCCACAAGCAGAGGCUGGGCCACGGGCUCAUCAUGUCCUGCCCGGGGGCGCGGCCGGAGCACGCCGUGGCCUGGGACAAGGACCGCCUCCGCCUGUACCGCACCAGCUUCCUGAAGGGGGUCAACCGAUCCAUGAGGGUGUUCAUCGACCACGGCAACCAGUUCCACAUCCGGUUUGCCCAGCUGAACGACAGGGGCACCUAUUACUGCUGGCGAGACGGGGAGAUGGUGGCCGGCUUCCGCGUGACCGUGACAUCCCGCGGCCGCUACUACGCUUCUCUCUCCGACCCCGAGACCCAGUACGCCCUGCAGGCCGCCUUGGUGGGCUACGUGCUCAUCACGGCCGUCUUCGUCCUCAUCCAUUUAUGCCGCUGCUGCUGUUAUUUCUUUGUCUGCUGCCCUGAACUCUAGACUUUCCCCUGAGACCUUGAAGACCAAUUAUUUAUUGAAUACAUUAGUGAAAUGUUAGAAUUCUAACGAUCCUGCACCAUGAUGGGAAGGAGGCAGGAGCACCCACGGUUGGCUGUAAUUCCCCAGCCUACUAUGGAAUGAACAGUAUCAUGAGCACAGACUAGGGAAAUGGGUCUGGGGUCAGAACCGGGACUUGCUCUCCCUUCCCCUAAACGGGGGGGGGGGGGCUGAGAGAUGGGGGCUUAGAGCUUUCCUUAAAGAUGGUGGGGGGGGGGGGGGGAGAAGGCUUCAUGGAUGGCGAGGAUCUGUGGAGCUGCUGCUGCUUUUGGAAAAAACCUCAGCCGCCACUGGGUUCUUCUAAGUUUUAAAAACAUCUUGUUUGUAAACUACAUUAGCUCAGUGUAAGCGGUCCCGAAUGAUGCUGCACGGGAAGGGAAGGGCAGGAAGCGCUCGGUUAUGCUCCCCACUAAUGCUGAAUGAAGAGUCCUAUUAGCACGGAUGGGAGAUGGAGAGGGCCAGAGGCUCCGGGGUAGGCUGAUGUGAGGAGGCUGGCGCGGUCCCCUCCCCGGGGGAGAGCCAAGAGGUGGGCUCCCUUCCCUCCUGUUCCCUGACCUUCCCUUAGGCACAUCGUUAAAAGGCAGCUCAUUAAAGCCAACUGAAUCCAUGAGUGCGACUGACAGCAUACGUGAUAGAGCACCGGGCUGCGCGAGUUCUCUCCCAGCUCUGUCCUGCCGCAGGCAGCCAGGCUUGGCUAGCUUCAAGGCCGGACUCCGGAGGGAAAACGGAGUGGGCUUCUCACGGAGUAACAGGGACACACAGCUCGGGCCUUUUUCUGGGCCGCCAGCUAGGGAAGGUGGUGCUAAGAGACCUGACUCACGGGCUGAGGUGCGAACCCAACGAUAUUCGUUAGGGAGGUUGGUGAUGGGGCACAUGUGGGGCCCAGAUCUGUGAACCAGCGCUGGCCACCCUAGUUAAAGGGGAUGGAGAGGAAAUCGGGUGGGCUAAGUGCCCAAGGAGACUGGCCAGCAGCUCUCAGCUGUGAUGGAAGCCAAACGGGGGAGACAGCAACGCUUGCUCCUGCCCCGGUUCUGUCCACAGGGCUUCCCUCUCAAACAUAACUCAGGUGCUCACUCUAGUGAAUGCAAACCGCUUUAUUAGGUAUCCUCUGCGACUGACUAGGUUAAAGUCAGCAAUGGCGAAGCAGCGAGGUGACAGAACUAAAAUAAAAAGCCAUGGUUGAAGAAAACUCGAGCAAGAGGAAAGGUU